AAGAGAGAGAGCACAAGCAAGCAAGCUCAGGUCAUCAUGUAAGGAAAGCAAGAAAAGGUUUCCCUUCACCUGCUACCUCAUGGAGGGCUGGAGAUGGAAGGACAUCGGCUGUCCUCUCCUGCCUUGCUUGAAAGCCCAGCACUGCUUCUUGGAGCUGGUACCUAGGAGUGAAAGCAGAGCCUGGUGGGGAGUGGCUGGGUACAUUGAGAAAACCUUCUCCAGAAACAGCUGAACAAGCAACAGGAAAGGUUGUGGAGGAAGAGGAGAUGGUGAAACCUCAGAAAGCAGAAAUCAUCACAGCCUGCUCACAGCCUUCAGCUGGAUGGAUUCCUUCAGCAUUACCCAGCAGACAUGAGGGGAGAAGGAAGAACCAGCCAGAUCACACUGCGGUGCUUCUGAUACUACCGGAGGGGGCUGGACUCAACACUGUUCAUGAAGCAGAAAUUCUGCCAAGAACCCAACCCUCCCAGCAGCUCGGCACUGCAGGUGCAACGUAAGCUGCUGCUCAAGAUGCAAACUUGCUCCUUGCCUAUGCUGAAGGCCUUGGCCAGUGCAGUAACAUUUGCAAUCAUUCUCUGGAACCUGAAUUUCCUUGGCUACCAAUCUGAGGUCCCUGGCCCAGCCCUGGGGCACAGCAAACCCCUGACAGUCCUGAUCUGGCACUGGCCCUUCCGCCACACCCCGAACAUCAGCACUGAUGUUUGCGCAGCCCGCUACGGGAUCAAGGGCUGCCAGCUGACAGGGGACCACAGGCUCUUUAGCCAGGCAGAUGUUGUGGUGUUCCAUCAUCGGGAGCUGCAGAAGGACAAGGAAAGACUCCCAACAGAAAGGAGGCCUCCUGGACAAAACUGGGUGUGGGUUACCCUGGAGUCCCCCACCAACACUAAGGCACUGACUGGAUGGAACCGAACCUUCAACUGGGUCAUGACAUACAGACAAGACUCAGACAUCUUCAUGCCCUAUGGGGAGCUUGUGCGCCAUCCAUCAGCCAGUGUGGACAUUCCAACCAAAACCGGCUUGGUGUCCUGGGUCAUCAGUAACUACCACCGGACUCAGAAGAGGGCGCAGGUCUACAGAGAGCUGUCCAGGCACCUCCAAGUGAAUGUGUACGGGAAAGCAAACAAGCAGCCACUGUGCCCAGACUGCCUCUUGCCGACCACCUCCAAAUACAAGUUCUACCUGGCCUUCGAGAACUCCAUCCACCGGGACUACAUCACCGAGAAGCUGUGGAGGAACGCGCUGCUGGCCGGCACCGUGCCGGUGGUGCUGGGGCCCCCCCGAGCCAACUACGAGAAGUUCAUCCCUGCAGACUCCUUCAUCCACAUUGAGGACUUCGGCUCCAUGAAGGAGCUGGCCAGCUUCUUGAAGACCAUGAACUCCAGCCGCUACAAGGCCUUCUUCGAGUGGAGGAAGAGGUAUGGGGUGAAGCUCUACACAGACUGGCAAGAACGGUUCUGCACCAUCUGCACCAGGUACCCCCACCUGGCCCAGGGACAAAUCUACCCUGACCUGGAGAGCUGGUUCAGUGUUUGAGAAGAUGGGGCUGGGCCAAGCUGAGGCUUUUCAGAGAUGUGUGACUUGCACAGAGAAGCCAGGCUGUCUGCGUGAGCGGAAAAGGACGUCUGCGUGGGCUGGCUCAUUCUGAGUCAAGUGGCUGGUGGAGUGACUGAGGGCAUCGAGCAGGACCUGGCUCUGAGAGCCAGGAGCUCUGAGUCCUGGUCCCAGCUCUGACACAGACUUGCUGAGACCUGAGGCGUGUCGCUGGUACUCAGCUUCCCCGUCUAUAAAAGGCUCGUACACUUACCUACCUCACAGGGGUGUUGUGAGGACUAACCGGUGCCUUGGAAAUGGCUAGUUGCUCCCCUUGGCCCCCUCAGGAAUAAAUGGGGCAGAGGAGCGAGGUCGGGGGGGAGGGGUAAAUGUGACCCCCUGCUCUGCAUUACUGUAUUUCAGUGCUAGGGUGGGGCAGAGGAUAGUGAGAUCAAUGAACUCUCCCUGGGGUUCAAAACCCUUUCAGAUGCCAGCCAGACCUCGAGCUGCAGAAGGAAGGCCGGUCUCUUCCUUGCACUCUCCUCUCUGGGAGGUGCUCAGAUGCCCCCCCAGUGACAGGUGCCCAUGUAAGAAACUGAAGCGAUAGAAGGAGGGGCUCCAAUUUGUCUGUCCCUGCUGUGGGGUCCGUUUCCUCCCAGCGCCGGAGCCCCUGCCAUUCUGGCGGUGGCGAGAGCGAGCGCGCCAGUCCCAAAGAGAUUUCCUGUCUUGCUUCUGCUUAGUCAGUCCCGGUGCACGGCUUGGGGGGCACCGGCUGGGCUGGUGUGGUGGGUGUUGGCAAGGCACAACCCUUUCUCAAGAACAAUCACAGCCCGUUCAGUGCUGGGCCAAGUCAUAGGGGGAUGGCUGUGGUUUCUCACUCCUGUCUCGUAUUCUUCAUAUCUCUGGCAGGAAGCCGUUGAGUCUGGUUUCGCUCUGAUGUGAGGUUCCCUGCAGCAGGUAUGGGCUGCCCGAGCCCUGGAUGCACCCGUGGAAGGAGUCACUUUACGGGAGGAGUCCUUGUGGCACCUUAGAGACUUCGUGAUGAAGUGGGUUCUAGCCCAUGAAAGCUUAUGCCCAAAUAAAUG